AUGCGUUGGCAUCAACCAAUCGAGCCGGUCCGUCGGAAGUUCAAUUCGGUUUCUCUGGAUGAAAGUCAAGAACUACCUCCGACGACAAUGAAUUGGACGAAUCAAGCUCCCAAGCAUAUCAUCAAUGAUAAUGUGUAUGGAACAGUUAGAGUACCAUCCCCGAUUGACAAAAUCCUCGAUACCGUCGAAUUUCAACGUUUGCGAAGUCUGAAGCAAACUGGUCUUGUCUAUAGAGUUUAUCCAAACUGUGAACACUCGAGAUUCGUUCAUUCCUUGGGAACUUUUUCGUUGGCAUACAAUUUGGUUGAUAAACUCCGACACAACCAACCAUCAUUGAAUAUUACUCCUGCUGAUCACACUUGUGUUUCUGUUGCUGCCUUGCUGCAUGACGUUGGACAUGGACCUUUCUCUCAUCUUUUUGAUGGAGAAUUUGCCAAAAGAUGCGGCAGCUCUUUCAAACACGAGGACAUGUCGAUCAGAUGUAUCAGAAGAAUAAUGAUGAAUGAUGACAUCAAAAGCAGUUUCGAAUCAAUCCUCGGAACCGGUGAAACGUAUGAACAGAAUGUUCAGUUUAUCACUGAGCUUAUCAGUGCCAAACCUUUCGAUUUCAAAGACUAUGAAUCUUUCAAGGCACUAUCAGAUAGUGAGAGAGAAGAAGCCGUGGAAAAAGAAUGGAGUUCUCUCGUUUCCGGUCGAGGACCCGAAAAAUCUUUCCUCUAUGACAUUGUUUCGAAUUCUGAUAACGGGCAUGAUGUGGACAAAAUGGAUUAUUUGCUGAGAGAUUCGAAAGCUUCUGGAGUUGCAAUCACUUUUAGUGAAGCAUCUCUUUAUAGACUUUUGGAUCACGUUCGUGUUGUGAUUGAUCCCAACAGUGGUCUAAAACGAAUUGGUUACUCCAUGAAGUGUGUGGGAGAAAUCAAAUCGAUCGGAGAUUCCAGACAAGAACUUCACUCUAAAGUCUAUCAACACAAAGCUGUUCGAUUCAUAGAAACUCUAAUGGUCGAUGCUCUUUACAAAGCAGGAGAUCUUCUCAAAUACAGAGGAACAAAUGGCAGAUUAUUUUCCCUUUCUGAAGUCACGGAAGAUGUUGAGGCCUAUAUGCAAACGUCCGAUUUUGUUGAACAAGAAAUUCUCAAUUCCUCGUCUUCGGAUCCUAGAAUGAUUGAAGCUCAACAAUGCCUCCUCAAGAUUCAACGCCGUGAGAUUGGAUGUAAAGUUGGAUGUUUCGAAAUGAGCCCAAAAAACGCUACGCAAGUUGAUGGAAUCGCCAAUAACGAAAUUGGCGCAACAGAAGUUGUUAAAAAAGUUGAGGAAAGAAUGAAACAAAUUUUGAAAACGACCGAUGAAGCGGAGGGCCUCGAGGGUAAACUGGAAAAUAUUCAGUUCCGUGUCAUGCAUUCCGUACUUGGACGUGGGCUUGAUGAAAAAACGCAUCCGGUUGAACGACAAAUAUUUUAUGACGGUAAACCAAAGGAUAACGAUGGACAACCAAUGAUGGGAUGUUAUGUUGACGACGACUACAUUAUCAACAAUUGCCCACGAAUGGCGACAAAAUGGGAGAUCUUCGUGAUGGGUGAUCGAAGCUUGAAAGAUGAAUGCAAUGCCGGUUUCAUUGAGCAUAUCAAGAAUGCACUGCGUGAGGCUGGAGAAGCUGAAAAGUUUUUGACUCCAAGAAAGAGAUCUCCACCACAAGAUGAGAACCCAGAUCCAAGCUGUUCAGUUGCUGCGAAGCGUCGCCUCUUCUCCAGCCACGCACCUUAA